UUUCAACAUUCCCCGCAUAGAAGUUGGUGAUGUACAAAAUAGCUGCAACAUACAACAGCAACGAUGUGACCUCACCCCCUGACGUACCGAGGUGGAUAACGCGGUGCAGCAACUGUAGUGUUAUUGUGAAGAGAACCGAUGCUCUCCGUGGAGAAGUCGUUUAUGCAGGUGGAAGGCUCUGGCACAAAGACCAUUUUUACUGUACGGAAUGCAAGACUCCACUACCAGACAUGGAAUAUUACGUCAUAGGAAGUGGUGUAGUAUGUCUCGACUGCCACCUUGACGAUGUUAGCAUAAAAUGUGAAGGCUGCGGCAGAGCAGUGUAUGAAGAAUAUUACUCCGUAGAGGGGAAACCAUUUCAUCAAGACUGCUUUGUUUGCGCUCUAUGCAAUAACCCCAUGCCAGGUGGUGAAUAUGUCACUCUAAAUGGUAGAUGGUUUGAUGAAGACUGCUACUACAUUGUUAAGUAUCGUCUCAACUUGCAGAAACCUGCGACUCUUUUCGCAAAAUACGCGCCUCUUUUCUUUUCGAUCUAUCGUAUGGACUUCGACGAAGUAUAUGGAGGUGGAGUGGGCGAGACACUAACAUUCGUAGAAACUGUUGAUGAUGAUGGUGUUCUUCAUGGGGGAACCCAGGAUUCUACGUUUGCAUUUGAUCAGCACUUCUCUAUACCAACGCAAAGCUCUCAGAUAACCCAUGGUAACUUGACGGGUGGAGUGGAUAAUAAUGCAGAUCUAACGUUUCAUGAUGUCGAGGAAGAAGAGCAGACACAUGUGGAAAAACUUCCGGAACAUUCAUGCCGUUAUUGCGGAAUAUACGAGUCGAGUUGUGUUGCUAUGUGUACAGUUUGCAAUCGUUGGUUUUGCAAUGGAAAAGGAAGUACAUCAGGAUCCCAUCUGAUCACUCAUUUGGUUCGAUCGCAACAUAAAGAAGUAUGUCUACACCGUGAGUCACCGCUUGGAGAAACGCAGUUGGAGUGUUACCAAUGCGCCUCUCGAAAUGUGUUUAUGCUGGGUUUUAUUCCAGCCAAGGCUGAUUCGCUAGUGGUCAUUCUUUGCCGACAUCCAUGUGCACAAAUCGCCUCUCAGAAAGAUCCUAACUGGCAAGGCGAGGAAUGGAAGCCUUUGAUAUAUGAAAGACAGCUUUUAUCGUGGAUUGUCAAUGUUCCAUCAGAGCAAGCGCAGCUGAGAGCCAGGCACAUCACGGCAGCGCAGGCAAGUCGUCUGGAAGAUCUGUGGAAGGAACACCCGAAUGCAACCGUUGAUGAUCUCGAUCGACCAGGCGUUGACACGGAGCCUGAAAGUGUUUUGCUCAGAUAUGAAGACGCCUUUCACUAUCGACGAAUAUUUGCCCCGCUUGUGCGGGAAGAAGCUGAGUUUGACAGAAAAACAAAGGAGUCGCAGACGCAAAGUGUUGGACAUGUUCGGUGGGAUCAAGGGCUUAACAAGAAACAUUUGGCGUUCUUCCAUCUCCCCAAGUUUAUGGAGGGAAGUAUGAAAUUGAUGAUAGGAGAUGAGUUGAGGCUGAAGCACAGUCAAACUAUCGAAAGAGAGUGGUCAUGCCUUGGACAAGUAUUCAAAAUCCCCGACAAUCACAGUGAUGAAAUUGGUAUUGAGAUGCGUGCUGCUUCCUCAGAGAAAAUGCCUACAGAUCCACGCAUAAACUUCACGUGUGAGGCUGUAUGGAACUCUACAUCUUUUGAUCGGAUGUACCAGGCUCUGAAUACCCUUGAGAAAGAUCCUCAUUGCGUUUCCCAAUACAUAUUCCACAAAUUAAUGGGGCACGAUAUUGAUGAGAUCCUCUUCAAGGUUCAACAGCCGAAGCGGUUGUCGGCUCCUGGGCUUCCUGAACUAAAUCACAGUCAGAUGCACGCUGUCAAAACUGUGCUGAUGAGACCUCUGAGCCUCAUUCAGGGACCUCCAGGAACUGGAAAGACUGUCACAUCCGCAACUAUUGUUUAUCAUCUUGUGCAACAAACCCAAGGCCAAGUCUUGGUAUGCUCUCCUUCCAACAUUGCUGUUGACCAGCUGGCGGAGAAGAUCCAUCGAACCGGACUCAAGGUGGUGCGGCUCUAUGCAAAAUCAAGAGAGGCGCUGGAUACGAAUGUUGAAUUUUUGGCUCUGCAUGCUCAGUUGAAAGCUCUAAAGGAAUCUGCAGAGCUGCAGAAACUGCAGCAGUUGAAGGAGGAAAUUGGAGAAUUGUCUGCAGCCGACCAAGAACGCUACAUCAACUUGAAGAAAAUGAGUGAGCAUAAACUGCUUGCAGCUGCAGAUGUCAUUUGCUGCACGUGUUCGUCGGCUGCUGAUGCACGUUUAUCCAGAAUCAAAAUCAAAUGUGUACUAGUUGAUGAAUCAACGCAAGCAACAGAGCCCGAGGUUCUUGUUUCGAUCGUUCGUGGUGUACGGCAGCUCAUUUUAGUCGGUGAUCAUUGUCAGUUAGGACCAGUCAUACUCUGCAAGAAGGCAUCCAAGGCUGGGUUAUCACAAUCGUUGUUUGAACGUUUGGUUCUGUUAGGAAAUCGACCCAUUCGUCUUCAAGUGCAAUACCGAAUGCAUCCAGAGUUGUCAUCCUUCCCAAGCAAUGUGUUCUAUGAAGGCAGUUUGCAAAAUGGAGUUACUCAAACUGAGCGUCAGCUUCGUGGGGUGGACUGGGAGUGGCCCGUCCCUGGACGGCCGAUGAUCUUUUGGUCGUGUUAUGGACAAGAGGAAAUGAGCGCUAGCGGUACUUCAUUUUUGAAUAGAACUGAGGCGGCGAAUGUGGAGAAGCUUGCCAGUAAACUGAUAAGAGGAGGCAUGCGCCCUGAACAAAUUGGAAUCAUAACACCAUACGAAGGCCAGCGUUCUUAUAUAGUUCAGUACAUGCAUACACAAGGCACGCUGAACAGCAAACUUUAUGAGAAUAUGGAGAUCGCCAAUGUUGAUGCUUUUCAGGGCCGCGAAAAAGAUCUGAUCAUUGUAACCUGUGUAAGGUCCAACGAUCACUCGGGCAUAGGUUUCCUCAACGAUCCUCGGCGUUUGAACGUUGCGUUGACCAGGGCGAAGUAUGGGCUGAUUAUCAUCGGUAAUGCUAAGGUACUGGCUCGACAACCGUUGUGGAAUGAUCUUUUGACUACGUUCAACCAAAAGAAUGUUAUUGUGGAAGGACCAAUCAAUAAUCUCAAAUCGGUACAGAUCACGUUACCGAAACCUAAGCCGCAACGCACAAAUCCGGCAUACCCGACUGAUCGAUAUGGCAUCCAACGAGCCACGUACACUCUACGUGAAUAUCGUGGUGGUUAUGCAAGAGAUGUGCCACCAAUGGAUCCCCAUUCUGCCAUAUCUGCACAAUCCUUGCGUCAUGCGGCUAACCUACCUGUCCCGCUUCAUAUGCUGCAGAUGUUCCCUCCUCCUCCAUUUCCUCAACAACCACAACAGCAGCAAAGGUAUCCGCCUGGUCGGCGGAAUGCGCCCGCGUGGCCUCCAACUCCUCAGACAGUGGGAGGUCCAUCAGUUCGUAUGGGACAGUCUCAAAACGAUUAUGGAGGGAUGUAUGCCUCACAAGCUUCACAGGAUCCGCUAGUCGGUGUCGAUGCAUACGGAGAUGUAUCCAUGUCUGUCAGGAUAUUGAAAACGAUAUGGCCAAUUUGCUGCUCUCGCAGGGACCUUGAGCUUGUGGAUGGCCAUCUAACGCUGUUGUGCGAUCGCUACGGAUCAGCGGUGAUAGGCUAUGAAGUCCUCGCUGACCGACCAGUUUCUACUCGAUGUUUACUGAGCGAGCGAUGAUUUGGUAGCGCAUCGGCAAAGACCCGAGCUGUGCGGCCAUCAGACGCUUUUUCGACCGGAUUCGUGGCGCAAGUGACUAACAUGACAUGGAACUCGCCCUUUCAGAUGGAAAUGUUUAUACUCGGCAUUUUUAUUUUAGGGUUGUUUUACUUUAUUCAACUACGUAUCAGUCUUCGCUGAAGUGUGUGUUUGAUAGCAAACUCAUGUAUUUCAUUACAUUUCCGUUUGUCAUGUAUUUUCCUUUACAUAGUCAGCUUGUCUGUUUUGAUUACUUCGUGCUUGUCUUGGUGGAUUUACGCCGGUCUGAGUUGUUGCUUCACAAUUUUGUAUCGCUCGCGCGUUACUUCAUCUCAUGUGGUCAGUGGCUAAUUUGUUAUUGUGCAGUAAAUAGCUGUUAUGAUUUGCUCGCUAAGCUUAUGUUCGACGGUCAAUAAAAGUCUUAACGCA